AUGAUUGUGGAGGCGAUAUUGUUGACAGGCGCCUCACUAACAGCCAGUAUUUUCGUAGUGCAGGUCGCUGUUUUACCUCUAGUAUUUAAAUACAGCAAAUCAGUUCAAAGAAAAAUGGUGUUUUCUAACUGUAUAAAUUACCCCCGGAAUUUGGACUACGAGAACCCCUCCAGCUGCAAUGUAGUCGGUGGGAGAAAUUUCUUUGUUGAGUUCGAGUCGGCAGCCGAUAAUUGUCACAUUAAACUGGGUGCGUGGCACAUCGUCCCGUGUUCGAUGUUUUGUGACGUGUUCGCUAUAAGAGACUACGUGAGGGUGGACGAUCGUCUUCACGAGGAGUUGAAGAAAACUCAGAAUACCAUUGUAUUAUAUUGCCACGGCAACUCCAAUCACCGUGCGUCUCCUCAUCGUCUGCAGAUGUAUAAAGUUUUCCAGGAGCUGAAUUUCCACGUCAUAACGUUUGACUACAGAGGUUACGGAGACUCCACUCGCGUAAGGCCCACGGAGCAAGGCGUCGUUGAAGACGCUCUAGCUGUAUACGGCUGGCUGCAUGACUCUCUUGACGAACACAACAGGCCACAGAUUUUGGUAUGGGGACACUCACUGGGUACAGCUGUAGCAGCCAACAUGGUUGCUCACAUGGAAAAACUGUGCGCGGAGCAAGGUCGCUCAACCCUGCCACUGCCUGACGCAGUGGUUUUAGAAGCGCCGUUCAAUAAUCUCUUGGAUGAGAUUGAGGGGCAUCCAUUCUCUAAGCUUGUUUCCUGGCUUCCGUACUACAAGGACACAUUCGUGAAGCCAUUUACUGCCUCAUCAGAGUACGCGUUCAACACUGAUCAGUAUUUAUGCUGUGUGCCUAAACUUCCUAUCCUCAUGCUGCACUCCAAGGGAGACAAGAUCGUACCGUUCAGUCUGGCUGUCAAGCUCCAUGAGCAGAUAGCGGCAUCACGAAGUCCUGAGGACGGACCUCUCGUCUUCCACUCGUUCGAGAAAGGUCUUGGACUGGGGCACAACAACAUCUGUGAGGCGCCGAACCUGAAGAAUGUCGUUGAGGAUUUUCUAGAACUUCUCAAGGAGAGUGAAGUCAAAUCAAGAGGUACAUGCGACGAGACGAAAAUAUAUGUUUAA